CGGAGCGUCACAUGCGUCGGUCAGGUGGAACUGCGGGGCGGGCCAACAGACUGCGGGGCGGACGGUGGUCGCGGUGUUCUCUCAGGUCCGUCCCACCGAUCCGACCCCCGCCGUCGCUGCUGCCAUGACGGGGCUGGCGCUGCUCUACACCGGCAUCUUUGUGGCCUUCUGGGCCUGCAUGAUCGUCGUGGGAAUCUGCUACACCAUUUUUGACUUGGGCUUCCGCUUUGAUGUGGCAUGGUUCCUUACUGAAACUUCUCCCUUCAUGUGGUCAAAUCUGGGCAUUGGCCUAGCAAUCUCGCUCUCUGUGGUUGGAGCAGCCUGGGGCAUCUAUAUUACCGGCUCUUCCAUUAUUGGGGGUGGGGUGAAGGCCCCCAGAAUCAAGACCAAGAACUUGGUUAGCAUUAUCUUCUGUGAAGCUGUGGCCAUCUAUGGCAUCAUCAUGGCAAUUGUCAUUAGCAACAUGGCUGAGCCUUUCAGUGCUACUGACCCCAAGGCCAUUGGCCAUCGAAACUACCAUGCAGGCUACUCCAUGUUUGGGGCCGGCCUCACGGUCGGUCUUUCCAACUUGUUUUGUGGAGUCUGCGUGGGCGUCGUGGGCAGUGGGGCUGCCCUAGCUGACGCUCAGAACCCCAGCCUCUUCGUAAAGAUUCUCAUCGUGGAGAUCUUUGGCAGUGCCAUUGGCCUCUUUGGGGUCAUCGUUGCAAUCCUUCAGACCUCCAGAGUGAAGAUGGGUGACUAGAUGAUCUAUAUGGGUGGGGCCGUGCCCCACUGUUAUUUAUUGCUGGUUUUCCUGGGACAGCUGGAGCUGUGCCCCUUAGCCUUUCCUGGGCUUGGUGUUCAGGGCCCUCCUGCACUCACCUCUUGCUGCCUGUUGACUAUGGAGGCAUUGCAGUCCAGACUGAACCCCAGUGUGGGGAAUGGGCUGCUGAUGGUGACUGUGUACAGCUGUGCACCUGUGUUCCCUACCCAGCCCAUCUUCCUAGUGUUUGUGAAAUAAACUUGGUAUUUGCCCCGGUCA